AUCAUAUCUACAUACGCCAACCCCACAAGCACAUAAAUAAAAGAAAAGGAAAGAUUCAAGUCUCUGCAUGCUGGCAAAGCCUAAUAAAUUUACUUUCAAGCAUAGCCAAGCAUGCUAUCUAAACAUCGAUUUUCAAGAAAUGACAAGAAUCACUCAAAAGAAGGUGGGCGAAUGUCAACAACAGUACAUAUAACUGCAUUAUCACAAAAGAGCCAAUUCAUACCCGUGGCAAGAGUGAGGUUGGAUUUAUGGCAGCAAUCCAUUUCAUACAUAUGGUUCUGAUUGCGUACCAUAAACAAACAUUUAAAACGUUUAAGCCAUUACUAAGAGACAACAAAUAUGUCGAAAUUAGAGUUGUUAAGAAGGGCUCCUCCUAAUGUCACUCAUUUCUCAUAGAAAGGACACACCUAUUGGUCCAAUGAUCCAUAAAAUUUGUUGGUUCAAUUCAAGAUUUUGAAAUGAAUACACCGAUUUAAUUUUCACUUAAAUCUCUGUCCUUUAAAUGUCUGUACUUAUAAUCAACAUCCAACAUUUAUUGAUGAUGGAGCUCCCACCAUUGCCAUCAACACCAGCACCAUCCCAUCCGGCAUUUCCUUUGCUUCUCUGUCUCUCCCUCUUUCAAAAUUUAAUCUCCGCAACUGUAUUACUCAGAGACUUGUGUCUACCUUUUGGGUUCCAGUCUUCCAUCCCAUGCAAGUAAUAUUGCCUUGUUUCGAAUUGUUCAGAGUACAAAAAGUUAUUUCCUUUUCAAAUUUUCUCUUCUCGACUCGUGCCCUUACUAAUAUAUUAGUUGCAUAAUCUUUCAGUCUACAUUCAGGGUAUAUAUGUGGAGAAAAAGCAAGUUUCCUCAAAGGGAAAGUUGGGGCAAAAAGGUGUCUCUUUACCCAUGACAUCUACCAAUGGUUUUGCUACAUAUGGACUCUCAUCACAGACUUACAUUCCAUGCUUAACAGCCUAUUCUAGCCUUAAAAAAUUCAUUCAAUCCCAAAUGUUGUUUUCAUAUUCAAAGAAUUUCCUAAGACGGUUCUUCAUGGAGGAAUUCAAAAUGAAUACACAAACCUAUAGUGGCUUCUUUUCUAGUGAUCUCCUCCCAUCCCUUGGAGCCAGAAUCAACCGAGCAACAAAACUUCGUGGACACAUAAUUUCCCCAUUCAGUCCCUGCUAUAGGGCUUGGGAGAUGUUUCUAGUUCUCUUGGUCAUUUACUCGGCAUGGAUUUCUCCAUUUGAGUUUGCAUUUUCGACUUUCAAGCAUGAUGCUCUUUUUAUUUUUGACAACAUUGUUAACAGCUUCUUUUUCAUUGAUAUUCUUCUCACCUUCUUCGUGGCAUAUCUCGAAAAACAAACUUAUCUUUUAGUUGAUGAUCCAAGAAAAAUUGCUAUAAGGUAUCUAUCCACCUGGUUCAUUUUUGAUGUCUGCUCAACAGUACCAUUUCGAGCUCUCAGCCUCCUUUUCACAUAUCAUAGUGAUGGACUAGGCUUUAAAUUGCUCAGCAUGUUACGACUUUGGCGUCUCAGACGAGUCAGCUCCAUGUUUGCAAGACUUGAAAAGGACAUUCGGUUUAAUUAUUUCUGGACUCGCUGCACAAAACUCAUUUCUGUAACUUUGUUUACUGUACAUUGUGCUGGUUGCUUUAACUACAUUAUUGCAGACAGAUACCCUGAUCCAAAAAGUACUUGGAUUGGUGCCGUGUAUCCCAAUUUUAAAAAUAUUAGCCUCUGGGACAGAUAUGUAACUGCAAUUUAUUGGUCUAUAGUGACACUAACCACGACGGGUUAUGGGGACUUGCAUGCCGAGAACCCAAGAGAGAUGCUGUUUUAUAUAUUUUACAUGCUGCUUAACUUGGGAUUGACAGCUUACCUCAUAGGGAACAUGACAAAUCUUGUAGUUCACUGGUCCAGCCACACCAGAAACUUUAGAGAUACUAUAAGAGCAGCUUCUGAAUUUACAAAACGGAACCAGUUGCCACAACAUAUACAAGACAAAAUUUUGUCCCACAUAUGUCUCAAGUUCAAAAGAGAAGGACUGAAACAGCAAGAGACCUUGAAUGGCCUGCCAAAAGCCAUUCGUUCCAGCAUUGCUCACUAUCUAUUUUACCCUAUUGUUCAAAUUGUCCCUCUUUUCCAGGGAGUGUCGCAAGAGUUCCUUUUCCAACUGGUAUCAUUUUCCCCCUCCUCUCACUCAUUCUUCCUUUUGCAAGCCAAGAAUUCAUUAUUCUUCUAUGGAGAACCAGUAGAACAGAUGAGCAAGUUAAUUAAUUAUAUAUUCCUGCAUUCUGCGAAACAGGUUGCGGAAAUGGAAGUUGAGUACUACCCUCCCAAAGAGGACUUGAUUUUACAAAAUGAGACGCCAACAUUUACUUAUGUACUGGUCUCAGGCGCUGUUGAUUCGAUUGAAAACAUUGAUGGGCAUGAUCAAGUCGUGGAAAAGGCUGCUCCAGGAGAAAUAUUUGGAGAAAUAGGGGUUUUAUGUGGAAAACCUCAGCCAUUUGGUGUUCGAACAACUGAUGUUUCUCAAAUACUACGGGUGAACCGGACCACAUUACUGAACAUUCUUCAAACAAACCCAGAAGAUGAGCAUAUUAUUAUGAAUAAUCUGUUCAAGAAACUAAAAACUUGUAGAAGCUUUGAUGUAGAGGGCCAACAGGAUCCAAGAUUUUUCCAAAGUAAUUUGCUUAAUGGAGCAGAAGGAGACUGCUAUGUCCAUGCUGGAUAUCAAGAUAACCCCUACAGCGAUAGACAGGAACAGGGAUUGAGAGUAGAGAUAUCUAAUUCAGAUUUUGUAGGAAGGAAACAACCUAGAAAUGCUUAUGAUGCCAAUAGGGCUCAAAUAGGCAUAAAUUCAUCAGCUGAGGAUGGUGAAACAGCUCCCCAUGUUGCUGUUCGCCAGGGGCAUUUUGAAAUGGUUAGAAUUUUGCUGGAAAAAGGAGCAAAUGUGAAUAAACCAGAUUUGAGGGGGUGGACACCAAAAGCACUAGCAGAACAACGUGACUACAAAGGAAUACACGACCUUAUACUGAGAUAUGAAAAGAAGAAGAAAGUAGAUGAUCACAAAGUCAAGUUCCUUGGGCCAGAAGUAGCUGAAAAAGCCAGUAGUAGUCAUAUUGAGCAGACAAAAAAUGGGGCUGCUAAUUAUUUCAACGGCAGUAAUAGGAAACCUAUGUAUGUCAGUUCUAGCAAUUGUUUUCAUCACAGUAGUCUAGAAGUUACAGCCAGGAAGAGAGUCACCAUUCACAUGAAGUUUCCAAAGAAAGAUAUCUCACAAAAGCAGCACCGAAAGCUAAUUAUGCUACCUGAAUCGCUGGACGAGCUAUUUAAAAUAGCAGGUCAAGAAUUCGGAGAAUACAAUCUUACAAAAGUUGUAAAUGCAGAGAAUGCAGAAAUAGAUGACUUAAGUGUCAUACGAGAUGGUGACCAAUUGUUUCUUUUUUUUGGCCAAAACCAAUGUGAAGGCAUAGAGUGUGAUGCGACUUAACAAUUAGCAACUACAAUAAUGUAAGCGUGCAAAUAGCUUGGCAUUUCAAAGCAAUUCUAUAUUGAUAUAAUCAAAGAAAAUUUUGAGCUACACAUAUCACGCAAUAUCAUAGGCUAUCUAAAAAUCAACAAUCAUAUAAAAAACUAGUGUAAAUAACAUCAUUGCCUUCCAAUUUUGGGGUAUAUUCACUUUUGUAGCCAGACCUUCCAGUCAGUCCCUUCAUUUAGCUUCUCGGAUUGGGGCUAUGGAGUAAUCUGCCAUUAUAUCAGGUGAUGACCGUGGAAGUAGCCUGG